UACGUUCCUUAUCUUUCUCUCUCCCCUCAAAAACCCAAGAAGAAGUAAGAAUACAGCGUUAACAAACAUGAACACGCUGAUCCCGACGUCUCUCUGCAACACCCAGAUUUCAAGCUUCCGUUUUGCUGCUCCAAUCCUCAGAAACAGCUUGCCCCAUGUUCACUCACGCGCCAAAAGCUUCAAAAUACAUGCCACCACUCCCGGUGAAAUAGAUACGCAGUCGGCAGAGGAAGAAACACAAGCAGAAUCCAAUGAAGCAUCCACUGCUCCUGCUGAGCUAGAAAAAGACCUCAAAAAGGUGGUUCAGAAGACUGCUGCAACCUUUGCUCCAAGGGCUUCCACAGCUUCCAAAAACCCUGCUGUGCCUGGAACUGCCCUGUAUACUAUUUUUGAGGUUCAAGGCUAUGCUUCAAUGUUGUUGGGUGGAGCUCUGUCUUUUAAUCUCAUAUUCCCAUCAAACGAACCAGACAUAUGGAGAUUAAUGGGAAUGUGGUCCAUUUGGAUGUUCACAAUUCCUUCACUCCGGGCCCGAGACUGCUCGAAGAAUGAGAAAGAAGCUCUCAACUAUCUCUUUCUCCUUGUCCCAUUAAUCAAUGUUUUAAUCCCAUUCUUCUGGAAGUCCUUUGCAGUUGUCUGGUCUGCAGAUACUAUAGCCUUCUUUGGAAUGUAUGCAUGGAAGUUUGGGUGGCUACAGAGAACAGACUAGGAAUUCAAUGUGAUGGCUGUCUUCAAUUUGAUUGAUAAUCUCAUCACCUACACAUGAUUCUCAAAUUUAUAGCUUGUGAUGCGUGUCUGACAAGAAAUUUCUUAAAGCCCAUUGUUGCUCAACUUACUACCAAGAUGAAGAUGAUUUUGUGAAUCAGCAUGCCAUAGGGCUUGCCCCACAGGCAAAACAGAGACUGAGAGACACCUUCAUUUCCUUCUAAUUAUGUACUGAAUAUACCGACAGAAAAUAUUGACAUGAUUUCUUGUUCUCCUCCUCUGUUUUUAUUCGUGUUUGGGAUGUGUAGUCUUGGGAUGGAUGGAUACAUGUAUAGGGUUCAAAAGCUCAUUUAGAGAAGUUAAUUCAAAAGAUUUGUUUA